AUGAUUCUAGAUGAACUACGUUGGGGAGACAACAUUGUGCUUGAAGGUGAAUAUCACUGCAUUCCAGGAUAUUGGGAAUGGACAGAAGAUGUCUUAAGCAAAAAUGGGCAAAGUCUAAACAAUGCUUGUAUUUCUGAUGCUGUAUUUGCUUCUCUUUUUACUUAUGAUCGGAACUCCAAUAUUGUACAAACCUUUUGUGAGGCUUGGUGCCCUCAAACAAAUACAUUACUUACAUCUAUCGGAGAAACAUCCAUAUCUCUUUGGGACUUGCAUAUUCUAGGUGGUUUGCCAAUUAGCGAAGUCCCUUACGAAGAAGUGAUACCUAACUCCAAGGAACUUACAGGUGAGAUACCUACUGAGAUAAACACAUGGUCAAGUACUCAAGAGAUGGUAUUUUCUAAGCUUGGAGCGAAACACCAAAAAUAUGAGACUUAUCUGACGGUCUUUUUGUCAUGUUGGUUAUGUGCCUUUGUAUUUCCAUCUGAAGAAGGGAAUUUCAUUCGGCCUGAAACUUUCAAGAUAACAAGCUUAAUGGCGAGCGGUAAAAGGGUUAGCCUUGCAGUUCCGGUCUUAGCAAGCAUAUAUCAUGGCUUAAAUAAAAGUUCAAAUUCUUCAAAGUUAGACCAUAUAAGAGUCUGUUUUCCCAUCCACUAUGUUUAUGGUUGGCUUGCUUAUUAUCUCAAGACACACUAUCCACUUACUAGUGGACCUUCUCUUCCACGAAUGGUGGUAUAUUCUGGGGAAGGCGCUGCAAAGUACUUUGACAAAGAUGAGGCAAGAAAGCGUGUUCAUCGAGGGGAAAGCAUUGUAUGGAAUGCAACCAUGCUUAGUAGGCCUCACCCAACUUAUUAUAUUGAUGAUGGAAAAGCACCAGAGUUGGAGCUAGCUUAUUUUAUGAGCCUUCGUUUUAAUUAUCUUCCAUUGAGGAGGGGAGGUUCCUUUGUCAUUGAGCGAUAUAGUCCGCACCGAUUUAGUCGCCAAUUUGGUUUUCAUCAAGAUAUUCCUGGCUAUUUAGAAAAUGAUAUUCGUGCUGAGUCGCUUGAUGAAGGC